AUGGUCAAAAGUGUUGUCACUGAUGUUAAUCAGUUUUUGCAAACUCUCAUUGAGACUCAUGAUUCUAUGCUCACAAUCUCUGUUAGACAACAUUGUGCUGACAAACUUCGACCAGUAUUCUCUAUGCUUGAUCGGAUAGAAGGUGUUUUGGCAUCGAGUACUCUUCCGAAACAAGGGGAGAAACUAAGAAGGUAUUUGGAGAAGAAAUCAAGAAACCAGUUGGUGGCUCUAAUGAUCGUGAACAAAAGUCGAAAUCAUAAGAUCCGAAGGUUAAUGAAGCUUUGGGAUCAAAAGCAUAUUUUGAACGAAACCGUUGAUAAUCCAAAUGUUUACUGGCUUGAGCCUGUGGUAUCUUUUGAUUUGGAAAACUCUAUGGAUUUGCAGCUUGAUCUACCAAUCACUCCAAAGGCUUUUCAGUUUUGUAGCUUUGAUAAGAUUGCAAAUGCUCCUUUUCCGGACCAUGAUGUUGAUCAGGUGCUUUUCUCGUUCUAUCUCAAGCACAUGAAGCCUCAGUACCACACUUGGAGCUCAAAGAAGAUUACUGCUAUCAAAGUUUUUGGACCAAUUAAAACUAAGAGUUUUAUCAAUGCUCGUUUCAAAACUGAUCGAGGUGCUGUGAGUUUGGUGUUUGAAUUUACACACGCUGACCUACCGUGCCUUAACCUUUUGAUUGGAUAUCUCUGUUUCAUCUCUGGCUAA